AACUGAGCCAAGCGGUUAUCUCUCCCAUGGGAACUGAGGAAGGCUUUUCCUGUUCCCCCUUCCAUAAAUAAAACAGUCUCUCUAACUUCCUUAUCUCUUCUCUCUCUCUCUGUGCAUCACAAACACAAUGCCUUCUCUAGAGGAGGCGCAGGAGCACCUACUGGUGGUGGACGUAGAAGAUUCCGGUCCGGACGAAGGCCAAGCGAAAUUUCGGAUACGUGAUCUGACAAAGGAAUCGGACGCGGGGGUUCCGAUACUGAACGGGAUCAACGUGGACAUUCCCAAGGGCGUGAUCGUAGGGAUCAUAGGCCCCAGCGGGAGUGGCAAAUCGACGCUGUUGAGGGCACUGAACCGCCUGUGGGAGCCUCCUUUGGGUACCGUCUUUCUGGACGGCCAUGAUAUUUGCGAUCUCGAUGUGCUCAGCCUUCGUCGCAAGGUGGGCAUGCUCUUCCAGCUUCCCGCUCUCUUCGAAGGCACAGUGGCAGACAACAUACGAUAUGGACCACAAUUGAAAGGGAAAAAGCUAAGUGAUGACGAGGUUUACAAGUUGCUAAGGCUUGCAGACCUUGAUCCCUCUUUUUUCAGUAAGACUGGUGGUGAGCUCUCUGUGGGACAAGCUCAAAGGGUUGCUCUGGCUAGGACCGUUGCUAAUAAACCAGAGGUUCUGCUGCUGGACGAGCCAACAAGUGCCUUGGACCCAAUAUCGACGGAGAACAUAGAGGAUGUGCUUGUGAAUCUGAAGAAGAAACAGGGGAUGACAAUUAUAAUCGUCUCUCACAGCAUCAAACAAAUCCAGAGGAUUGCUGAUAUUGUCUGUCUCCUUGUCAAAGGUGAAAUUGUUGAAGUGUUGGAACCUCAUAAUCUCUCAGAAGCCAAGCAUCCCAUGGCACAAAGAUUUCUUGAGCUCAGCUGAAAGUUCCGUAUAAAACUUCAUUGUUGGAUAUUUUUGUUUCUCCAUCAUAAAUUUAUAUCUAAGGUUAAAUGCCUUUGACUCCUGUAGUUCGAUUUCAAUUCUUAUUGUACAUGAUAUUUCGCUUAUGGUUAAAAAUA